ACGGGAACGGGAAGAAACACGUGGGUGGCGAGAGUGGUCAUUAUUGUCAUAAAACUCACUAAAAUUCAUUAAAAUCAUUGACAAAGGCUGGAUUUUUUAACAGAACUCUAUAUGCUAUAACAAGUGGUCAUUUUCUUCUACAAGACGACAACAGAGUAACUGUAACAAGAUGACUGUAAUGCAAAGAGUGGUGAAGCCCAAAAAUCCACGUGCAAAGCGUGCCCUGGUGAAGAGGGAGCCAAAGAUUGUAGAAAAUACAAAACAGUGUUUGUUUCUUCAUGGGAAAAAGACUGGAGAGUUUAUGCGGAAGUGUUUAAAAGAUAUUUAUGCACUGAAAAGACAAGACUCAAAGCUUCUACAAAGUCAGGACCAGCUCUUACCCUUUGAAGACAUUCUCCCCGUGGAAAGAUUGGCGCACGAGCACGAUGCAUCGCUCUUUGCUUAUGCCUCACAUUCCAAAAAGAGACCUAAUAACCUUAUUCUGGGACGGAUGUUUAACCACCAUAUUCUUGACCUGAUUGAGUUAGGGGUAGACAACUACUUAGGUUUAGAAGACUUCAAAAACAAGAAAAUUACUGUGGGCAAUAAACCUUGCAUGGUCUUCUGUGGCACCCAGUUUGAAGACUUAAUGGAGUUCAGGAACCUGAAAAACAUACUGAUUGACUUCUUUAGGGGUGUAGAGGCAACUGAUGUCAGGUUGCAGGGCUUCGAACAUGCACUUCUCUUCACAGCAACAGAUGAUACCAUUUAUAUGAGGAGUUACAAGAUCCUUUUGAAAAAAUCUGGCACAAGAAUCCCCCGUGUUGAGUUAGAGGAAAUUGGACCUUGUAUGGAUUUGAAAAUUAGGAGAACCAAGUUUGCCUCAGAUGACUUGAAGAAGAAGGCUUGCAGGCAACCUAAACAUCUGAAGGUGGGCAAGAAGAAGAACCAGAGUAGGGAUGUGUUUGGUACAAAGCUUGGUCGCAUUCACAUGACGAAGCAAGACUUGGGUCAGCUGCAGACACGCAAGAUGAAAGCACUGAAGAAAAGUAAUAACAAAGCCAAGUCAACCAACAAUGAAGCUUCAACAUCAACGGCAGAACCAAUGGAAGUGUCUCAAGAGUAGCCUUUUGUAAUCACUAAUGUCUUAAAUAUAUAUUUUUGUUUGUUUAUGUGGCUGUAAGGAGGUGUAUGAAUAUGCUGCAGGAAAACAACUGUUGAGAUGUUUUAAAAGGAUUUAAUAAAAAGGGAAAAAAAAAAUUGUAAAAGGAAAUAAUAAAAUAAAAACAUAAA